AUGCUCAGACGAAGACUCUCCACAGGCCUCCUCCGCGCCGCCCCCGCCCCCGCCGCCACCCCCAUCGCACACCACGCCCGCUCCAGGUCCCUCGCCUCCGCCGUCCUCCUCUCCUCCGAGAGAAAUUGGAAGACAGAGACUGUCGUGGGGCUCAAGGCAGAGCUCAAGAAGCGCGGUCUGUCCCAGAAGGGCAACAAAGCCACCCUCAUCUCGCGUAUCGAGUCUGCCGAGACGACCUCUCUCCUCGGCCCCUUACCUCCCUUCCCCUCCGGCGCCAGAGCCCUCUCUACCUCCUCUCCUGCAGCUUUCCCACCAAAGAAGAAGGCCAGCAGCGCUCCCAAGGAAGAGAGCCAUGGCGUCGCACCGGGCGUUAGCACCACCGACCCUGCGCUCCAAGUGGAGUCCCAGCGCACAGCAGCCGUCCACCCAGAUCCCGUCGCUCCUGAGCAAAUCACUGUUGCCCCCGGACUCCCCGAGAGCAAGAACGCCGCUGGCUCCGGGUCUUCUGAUCUCAGGAUCCCCGUCACCACCAAUGCAGUGGAUUCUGGAGAGAUUGAGCAGGUUAUCCCUCUGACCCCGGACAACUUUGCCUCCAACUCUGCUCUCCCCUCUUCUUCAUCACCUUCCAAAGACCCCAAAGUCCUCACCGUCGCCUCUGCCUCGACGCACCACGCUGGCGGGCCCGUUCACGGCGUGCACGACCACACCGACGCCUACGCCCUCGAGGCCAGCGAGCUCGAGCUCCCCUCGUUCGAAGGCUUCACCUCUUCCAUCUGGAACGCCCCCAGCGCUGCUUGGAAUGCCCUCAGCUUCAGCCUCCCUAAAGCGGAGAAGAAGGACUACAAGUAUGAGAAGCGGGCUUUGGACGGCCACGAGAGGACGGGUGCUUGGAUCUUGGCGGGUGUGAUUGGUACCGGUCUGCUUGUGGGUGGUCCAAAGAAGGAGAAGAAGAGCCAUGGUGAUGUCGCACUCGGUGUGGAGGCUGUUGCGAGCCAGGUGAAGGGUGAUGCCCAGUGGGAGAAGGCGAGCGGGGCUGGUGUCGUUGGGCAUGGCUCGAGGAAGGAUUAG